UACUCAAUAAACGUUUGAAAUUUCUCUCUGCUACUGCGUUCUCUAUACGAGCUGAGUUCAGUAGUUAGUAGGAACUGGUUGUUUGAAUAUGGCGACGGUCGAUCAAUGAAGUGUAAUACGUGUGCGUGAAAUGCCGACACUAUCUAUUAUGGUUCACUGGACGGUUAGUGAAAAAAAGUGUUAAUGGAAAAUGGGAAAGGACCAGGAGCUGUUGGAAGCAGCUCGAAACGGGAAUGUAGCUGUUGUGGAAAAAAUCCUGGGACAAAGGGCUAAAAGGAGUGGCCCUCUUGCAAGGUGGCUCUUAGGUCUGCCCGCAAGCAAGAACCGACCGAUGGAUAAUAAAUCAUCCUCUAAUUUGCGACGUGGUCCAGGGGCUAAUGUCCAAGACAGCAGCGGUUAUACAUCCCUGCAUCAUGCAGCUUUAAACGGACACAAAGAGAUAGUCAGAUUGUUACUGGACCAUGAUGCCUCCACAAAUAUUGUGGACAGUAAGGGAUCAACUCCACUCCAUUUAGCUGCUUGGUCAGGAAACAUUGAAAUCGUCCAACUUCUUUUGUGUGGACCUUCAAUUUGUAACGUAAACUUGUUGACAAAAGAUAAAGACACCGCUUUGCAUUGUGCUGCUCAAUAUGGUCAUACGGGGGUAGUAAAUUUAUUGUUGGAACGUGGCUGUGAUCCAGGUAUAAGGAAUUGUCGUGGUGAAACUGCCCUUGACUUGGCUGCUCAAUAUGGAAGGUUGGAUACCGUGGAAUUGUUAGUUCGGACUCACCCUAGUUUGAUUCAGCCAAUGCAGAGGGCGAUAUCGGGUGUCAUGUUUGCACAUACGCCUCUACAUUUAGCAAGCCGCAAUGGGCAUAAGGCAGUUGUAGAGGUUCUUCUUCGCGCAGGGGUUGAUGUCAACGUUCGGACGCCUUCUGGUACAGCUCUCCACGAAGCUGCACUUUGUGGAAAGGUGGAGGUGGUACGAACGCUUCUUGACCAUGGAGCGGAUCUUUCUAUACGAGAUUCUCAUAAUUUGACGGUGCUUGAUCUACUUGGUCAGUUUCCAACUCACGUCGUUCAGGACAUCAUGGGUGUCAUCAAACGACAUGGAAAAGGUUUAUCACAGGACAGCGAUGCUGAAAGCAUCAACCAGCCAUUUCCAAUCGUUUCGAAUACCAAUUCGGAAAUUGGUAGUCCUUACGAGAACGUAAGACCUAUGUCAAGGGGUCGUUCUCUUACCACCGAUCCUUCACCAGGUACUUCCCCGCAUCGAUGGGACUUUUAUCGACAAGCAAGAUCCGUCGAUUUAGUCGAAGAUAGAAGAACUUCGGGGACAUCUGCGAUGUCUUUGAGAAACACAAGGCUGUAUAAAAGUUUGCCGACAAGUAGACGUUUGAAGAUUUGUUACGUUUCCAAGUUGCAUGAUAUUCCGCAGUCGCCAUCACCUAUGGAUAACAUAACUUUUAGCUUCAGCGAACAAGUAUCUUUGAGAAAAGCUAGCGAAUCUUCCGCGUCAUCUUACAGAACGGCUUCUGAUUGUUCCAGAGGCUCCGAUAGCAGUUUUUUCUAUACUCCACCGGCACCAAAACAGUUCAUGGACAGUAGCACGUACUCGGAAGAACUAAAUUUUUCGUCCAACAGCAAAGACAUUGAUCAAAUAAGCUUGUCGUCAACCACGUCUAGUACCAGUUGUCCCAGACGACCUGAUAGUGGUUGUACCCCCCACUACGUACCAAUGAAUAUGAAUAAUUUGAAAGGAGGUGGAAGAAGUCCCUGCGGCUAUAAUAGUAAAGUUUCGCCUGUUCCACCUAAAAAACCACCCAGAAGAAACCUCUCAGUAUCACCAACCCAUCUGCAUCCCAUGUCCGCAUCGAUUGACGGUGUCAGCAACAACGCUUAUGAAUAUUUAUUUUUGGCCCACAGCGGCACUCGAUCUCAAAACGAUUUAAAUGAAGUAGAGCAGGAAAACAAAAGAGAACGAUUGCUUCAUGGACGCUCUGUUGAUCAGUAUGUCGAAAUGAAUCGCGUUUUCGAUAUUAGUUUGGACGAAGACGAACCUAGGCCGCAUAAGGAGUUGCACAGAGGGAAAAGCGAGGAUCUUGAUACUCGAAAAAGUACAAAAGGCGAACCAGUGGCUAUUACAUCAGUUUGCGGUAAUAUGGUGGUGAAGAAGCAGAACCCUCGUCGGAAACUGAGGAGAAAUCAAGAAGUGUAUGAAGAUUUCGAUUUUCGAAAAGAUGAUAUUGCUCAAACAAGUUCCUCGGCGCCCGGUUCUACAUUCGUUUCUAGUGCAUUUAUUAUGAUUAAGGAUGACUAUUCGGAUAGUAACAAAGAAAAUUGUGUUGACAGAAAUACUAUAAAGAAAGCCGCGAGUUCUGCGAAUAUUCCACUAAGUCCUACGCAUUACCAACAACCUCCAACGCCGGAUCAUCCCCCGCCGUCUGCCUUACAAGCAGAAAAUUUUAUACACGAAAAAAUUAGGCCGCUCAGUCAGGAAUACAAACGAAAAUCGAAGGACAUGGAAACGGAAACGGAAGACGAAUAUAUACUCGUUUGUGAAGAAUCGAGUGGCAGUUUUUCAAGUAGCAUUUCCUUGUCUGAUAAAAGCAGUGACAAUGUUAUAGAAGAUUACCAUCCAGAUGCUCCUUUCACAGGUCUGUGCAAAGGUUCGAAACAGUCGGAAAAUUCCAACAGACACCCUGAGAGGCCAAAAACAUUAAAACGGUUAAGAAAUGUUUACGAUUCCAGUGAUGACAGUUCAAAAAGUGAAAAUACAAAACCAAAGCCCAGUGAAAAGGAUUGCGAUGAAAAAGAUUUGCGUAUGUCCUGUUUGAGUCCGUUUGACGAACAAGAGGAAUGGGCUAAAAUUCAAGAAAUAAUGGCCUCAUUUGGAACGGGAGUUGUGAGGGAAUCGGUAUUUGUAGCCGAAUUAGAAAAAGAAUUCCAAAACAGAUUAAUGAGUUUAAGUGUAUCGCAAAAUAGCGUCAAUCCCGCUUGCGCAAGAUCAGUUGACGAAUGGUUGAAGAGCCUGGACAUGAAUAAUUACGUCAAGCUUUUCAUCGAAAAGGGAUUCGACGAAAUCGACUUUUUGAAUGGAAUAUUAAGCGAAAGUGAUUUAAUCGAAAUGGGUAUCACAAGUGAAUUAGACAGACAAUUAAUACUGGACUCGUGUAAAGAUCUACCUCUAAAGGUUUAUGAAAAGUGCCCUAGCAACAACAACAACGCCGAAGAAACAGUAGACCAAUGGCUAAAAAGAAUAUAUUUGGAACAGUACUCGGAAACAUUCGCCAAGCACUUGUACCACGACAUGGAGAGGAUCAAAAGGAUAUGGGACGUCGAACUGUCGGCUGUUCUAGAUAUUGAAAAAAUUGGACAUCGUAAAAGAAUACUUGCGAGUGUUAGUAGUGGAGAUCACAUUGCUCAAGGACCAACAUUAGAAGACUUCACUGCCGAAGUAAAUACUCUGAAACGAAACAAUCAAUACAAACACGAAGCGAAAUCGCCUUCAUCACACUCAGCCAAAACUGGAAAUGGUACGGGUACCCUUAGGCAUCGACCAAAAAAGUCCCGCCCUGCACCUCCUCCUCCAAUAAAUGUUCCCAAAAAAGACGAUAAUGAUAAAAAUGCCACCGCUGAAUUGUUCGUUGGCGGAAAUAAUUCAAUAAAAGCUCAGUGGAGGCAUCAACCCAUUCUUCUCAUAACAGGAUGCGUUCGAUAUACGGCCAAUUAUCUUGCUUCAUUGACCAUCAAAGACUUUCAUGGAAUAGAGUCGACUAAACGAUCGAUUCAUAAAGUAAGAAAGUCGGCCGACAAAAGAGUAGAGCAGGAUGUAACUUUGUAUAUUUCCUACUCAGGAGUAAAAUUUAAAGACUCUUUAAACCAUGACACUAUAUGUUCACACGAAAUCAAAAAUAUUCACUAUGCCUGCCAAGAUUCCGAAAGCCUUUCUUACUUCGCUUACAUUACCGUGGAUGACAACAACUAUUACUGCCAUGUCUUUUCUGCUGAUACUGGGGUGAGUACAAUUUCUGCUUCAUACCUAAGGGUUCAUCUAUAAAUUACGUCACACAUUAAGGAUGACGGAGGUGGUCAAAGUGCGACACUGUGUGACAUAAGUUUCGAGACGUUACAGGUAUAAAUCUAACGUAUUAAAAACUUUAACAUUUUAGAGUCUUAUAGAAAAGUACACAGUGGGAGAUUGAUGUUUGCAUACUUCCUUAAUGGGAGUACUGAUAAAAGUUAUUUACGGCGUUAGAGGUUUACUAUUAGGCCACUUUCACACAGUGCGAUAACGACACGAUUGUCGUAUCGUAUCGUAUCGGAACGCCGCUUUCACAUUAUGCGACUAAAUAUUAUUUUGACAACGUUCCAAGUUGAAAUACAGGUCUACCUAUCCUCGCAGUGUUGUCUAGUUUCGUUGUAUGUAUCUAAUGAAUGUUUUUUCUUUGAGAAAGACAUGUUAAUGGCUGUAAGUCGCGGUUAGCACUGGUAGCAUAUCAUACACGCGUGGCAAAAAUGAGUUUUGGCAACCAUGGAUGUAAAACCGUACAUUUGGUUACAUUGAAUAUACGUAUCGUGCAGUAUUUUUAUCGCAUGUGUUGUUAAUACAAAUCGGAAUGUAUUUGCGACAUUUUCUACUGCAACGAUUUUAAUAUCGGAUCGGAACAUUGUAUAAGCGUUUGCUUUAAAAAAAAUUAUUUUGGAUAUACUUUUGUGUCGUUGCGCAUGCAGUAAAUCGUGUCGUUAUCGCACUGUGUGAAAGUGUCCUUAGGCUUUCAUCGGAAACAUCUGACGAUAAACGACUCGCCAUGUUCGUUUUGUGCGCAUCGCCUACGCUGUACCUUUCUCUAAAUGAACGGACAUACGAAUCUGUUAAUAUUAGUGUUUAAAGUUUGUAUCGCUUUUUGGUACGCGGUAGCCGCGCGAAUUCUCUCUUGCUGUACCUACUGUGCCUUGUAACAUACGCUGAAAGUUCAGCACCUACCGCCUUUAAGGUAUUGACAAAAUUCACCGCUGCUGAGAUUUUACAAGUGCUGCAUUAACAAUAUUUAAAUUUAAAAUUGUUAAGUACGUGAUGUCACAUGUGGCCAUCUGUAACAAGAACUGAGGACUCCAAAAAUCAUGUCGUAAUUUAUGAAUGUCCCCUAAUUAAGAUCUCUUUCGACAAUUCACUUAAUUUUCUCAUCUAACGUUCGCUGUUAAUUUGGUUAAUAAAUAAAAAUGUGUUUAAGAAAUGAGAUACAAAGAAUUUUGUUAAUCCUUUUAAGAUGUCUCAAACGAAUAUAGAGGAUUAUUCACGGAAACGUAGGUUUUGUAAAUGGAAUAUCCUAUAUUUAUGUUUAUGUUGUGUACAGUAUGUGCAUUAUUUGUUUGAAAGAAAAAGGACGUUAAGGAGGUUGACAUCUUAAAAAAUGACAGAUAAAUAUUUCGAUUUACGUUUAAAAUAAUAAGACAUUUAUACAAGGUGUCUCAAAACAAAGUUUAUAUUCGAUCCCCUCGCUGAGUAAACAUAGUAAAUCUUGUUAGGGGUACCUUAAAAGGUAACGAGAUUGGUAUCGACAAUUAUAUCUUUCGACAGUAGGUCCAGAAGGUAUGGUGGUUCAUAUCCUUGAAGAGGCGAUAGGGGUAAUUUUAUCCUGGAUAAGCAGUAUAGCAGGGAUAAGUAUUAAUCCACGAUAAAUGGUACAAUAGUGGUAUCUGUUCACCCACGUUAAACGGUACACUUCCAUCAUGAAGAAAGCGAUCGCUCUCGUCAACUACUAACUAACUCGGAUUUCGUCAAGCCAAAGAAUUUUUUCCUUCUGGCUCCUAUGGUUUAAUUCUCUCCUCGCAUUCCGGAUUCCUGCGGCUCAAAAUGCAAAUUACAAACCCAUCGCUUCAAGGAAACUAAUCAUGACGUCGAAAACGACGAAACCAUAUGAUUUGAAACUAAGGAUUUACCAGUUUGUGCGAUAAAGGUAAAGUGAAACUUGUUUGUAAUCAUAUUGACCCGAACAAGGAACGAAAUUUUGGUACCAGCAGUUAUGUCAAGGCUAAUAAACAUUAACGACAUCAACCUUCCUAUUAUUUAUUGCUAGGUCGAGUAUAAACUUUCUUUUGAGACACUUGCUGAAUGUAUGGUUCUAUGAACUUCAAUGGUUGCACUUUUUUUAUCUCUAAAAAUUACGGAGGACAAUAGGGUGAGAAAGUUAAGUAGAUUACCCAAGAAAACUAGAGACAGGAGACAACUCAAGUGUAGGGGUCAUUAAACAACGUCUGCCCAACGCUAAUAUGCUCACAAAAAGUUCUUGGUAAAUGUCUAGAUG